UUGAUUUGGCCACACAAAGUCAAGUUUGUGCAGAAGCGGCCAUGGGAUCCUGGCAGGCACGUCCCGAGCGCCAACAGCGCUAUGAGGAGCUCGCACACAAGACCGGAUUUUCCACGGAGCAGAUCAAAAAUCUCCACAAAAGAUUCCGACAACUGAGCGGAAACGAGGAGACGAUGAGCAGAGCGAAUUUGGACAGCAUUCCAGCACUUGCCAACAAUCCCAUUAAGAAGCAAAUCAUCGAUGCCUUCUUUGACAAAAGAAACCAGCAGCAGGAGGAUGCGGCGGUCGGCUCCUUGGAGGAGAUCAGCUUGGAGCAGUUCCUGAUGGUCAUGAGUCACUUCCGGCCGCCCGAGAACAAGAGCAGCGAGGAGGAGCGCCAGGCCAUCAGGAAGCGAAAGCUGCGCUUUUUGUUCAACAUGCACGACACGGACAGUGACGGCACCAUCACGCUGGCUGAGUACAAGAAGGUGGUGGAGGAGCUGCUGUCCAAAAGCGGCGCCAUCGGGCACGAGGCGGCCAAGGCCAUUGCCGACGCGGCCAUGUUGGAAGUGGCCAGUAUCAACGUGCCGCACAUGGCACCGGACGAAUUCUACGAGGGUAUUACCUUUGAGCAUUUUGAACAGAUUCUAAAAGGUCUGGAGAUGGAGUCGCGGAUGCACAUCCGCUUUUUGGACGUGGACACCACCACCAUGCGCUGCGGGAAAGCCACCGCUUGAUCACCUCAUACUCUAAAAUACAUAAUAAAUAAUAGUACAUUAUAAGCUCACAAUUUUAAAUUAAGUUUUAAGUUAAUUACAUUUUAUUGUGAAAAUUAACAUAUUUAAUCAUUUAUUUUAUAUCAUUAUAUAUUACUCGUAUUUCAUCUUAAUAUUUUGUGGGAAAGAACAUCAUAAUGUGUAGGUCAUUACCCCCCACCCUUUGAAAUAUCUAAAUUUAAUUUAAAUUUAUCCAUUAAUUUUUAAGGAGGCAAUUCUCUUAUUUAAACUUUUAAAUCACACCAGAUUGCAAUGUUGUACCUGAACGAGUUCACUGAAAGAAAGUUCAUGAAGUAAUUCAUAUUUUGGGCGAACUUGAAUUGAACUUGGUUCAUUUCUGCCUGAUGAAUGUUGCUGAGAACGAGCUCAUUCUGGCGCCUGUGAGCAACUUUUGAACAAAAGUUCAUUUUCAUUCGAGAGUGCCAGGUUUUGUUAGGGACUUCGAGUACAAAACCCACCUGAACACUAUAUUCGAGAUUUCAUAUGUCGGGGGAUCAACAGCAUAUUUGGAAACCGAUUCAGUGCGGCCACCAUUCAUGUUUACAUACAGCAGGCACAUCGCAGCAGCCUCUGUGCACGAGGUGGGUUCAGGGACACUGCAUCAAUGGACUAGAAUAUCUUCUUUGGUACUUUUGUAAUACAGUACAUAAUUGUAAAAAAUGAUUACUAGAUUAACUGGAUGACAUUUUAUUUUCACAAAUAAUUUGAGGAGUUAUCAUCCACUUUAUUUGCAUUAAAAAAAAAUUGAACAAAAAUAUAUA